AUGAGUGUGGUGACGGAUUUGGUGUUCGCGCUGUUGAAGCGCGAAGCGGAGGAGCCGGAUACUGAGGAACCUACCGAUCCCGGCGAAUCGGAAAUAAUAUCAUCAUGGGCGUUAUUUAUCCAGGUAUCGCUACUGAUAUUAGCACUGUUCUGCAGUUACUAUCUGCAGCUGAAGAAGAUACAGGCGGUGCACGAGACUGUGGUGUCGAUUUUUGCGGGUAUGUUCGUGGGGCUGUUAAUCAGGGUCACUCCAGGUGACAAUAUUCAAAACCUUGUCAAAUUCGACUACCAGAUCUUCUUCAAUGUACUUUUACCACCGAUUAUUCUCAACUCGGGUUAUGAGCUGCAUCAAGCGAAUUUCUUCCGGAAUAUAGGCUCGAUUUUGACGUUUGCGUUUGCUGGGACUUUUAUUUCGGCAGUAGUUCUAGGAACCAUAGUAUUCAUCUGGUCUUGGGGACCUCUAGAGACGCUUGAUAUCUCCUACGUUGAAGCUAUUGCAGUUGGCGCGACCCUUUCCGCGACGGACCCUGUUACUAUUCUCGCUAUAUUCAACACAUAUAAAGUGGAUCCGAAGCUUUAUACUGUGAUUUUCGGAGAGAGUAUCUUGAACGAUGCAGUUGCUAUUGUCAUGUUCGAGACUGCCCAACGUUUCCACGGAGCUGGACAUGGGCCAGCAAGUGUUGGAAGUCUGUUCAAGGGUAUCGGGAUUUUCUUCAUUGUCUUCACCCUUGUCUUCCGCCCUCUCUUCAUCCUCGUUACUACAAUCGGUAUCUGCGUUGCUCGUUGGGCUGCAGUGUUUCCUCUCUCUAAACUCAUCAAUUUUGUCAUUCGCUCCCGUGCAAGAGCACGCGGACAAACCGCGGCCGAUGAACUCCCGCACUCAUAUCAAGCCAUGCUCUUUUGGGCCGGACUUCGUGGAGCUGUCGGUGUAGCCCUCGCUGCCGGUAUUACUGGCGAGAACGGGAACCCACUCCGAGCAACCGUCCUUGUCGUCGUCGUGCUCACUGUCAUCGUCUUUGGUGGUACCACAGCUCGAAUGCUUGAGAUUUUAGGCAUUCGUACAGGCGUAGUGGAAGAAAUAGAUUCUGAUGAUGAGUUUGAUAUCGAAACCGUUGGCCCCUACUUCAAGUCUCCCCGCGGAGGCAUGGGUCCCAAUUCUGUUCCCUUGUCCAAUGUUGACAGCGGCAUCUACGCGUCUGGUCAACGAGGCAUCUCCCCAGACACACAAGAUACACCGCUUGGUAGGCGCGGCCGACGGGAACCGGAGCUUCUGCGCACGGAUUCGAAUGAUAGCGAUGCUGAUAGUGAUAUCGAUGAUCUGCCGCCUAUGAUACCGACCACCGUACGCCCCCGUGGGGCAUCCAUAACUAGAACUGCAAGUGCAAGUGGGAACGGCGAAGGUAGCAGUACUCAGGCGCAAACGCAGACACAGGCUGCGAGCAUAGGUAUCACGGCUGGAAGCGCAUUCAAUAGUUUAACAGGUAUAUUUUCCGGGACUAGCGACGACCAGGCAGAGUGGUUCCGGAAACUGGAUGAGGGUUACAUCAAGCCUACACUGCUGCUGGACCCGGGGAAGGGUAAUGGGGGUGGGAACGGUUAUAGGGGCCCAGGGGCUGUUUAA